GCAGCCUGGAAGUCACUCGGGCCACCGGAGCUGGCGGCGUCUCCAGCGAGCAGCGCGGGGCCGGACGCCGCGGUCGUGGGGCCCGCAGGGCGCUCAGUGAGGACGCCCAGAUGCACAGUCUUUGAUAUCAGCUCUUCCGGGACACACCAGGACCAUUAGUGUCAAGAACGUACUGAGGCAUGGCCGGGAGGACACCCUUGCCGCCCGCUCUGCCCUGCUGAGCUGCUCCAUCGGGAGCCCCUGGGACAGCCCCUGCCUCCCGAGAUUGUCCUGGCUCAGCUGUCCACAGCGAUGGUGGAGAACUGGACUGCACAGGCUCACAACCUUCGCGUCUGGUUCCAGGGGCCAGCAUCCUUCAUCUUGGGCCUGGCGGCCCUGAACAAUGGCUGAGGGCCAGGGGACCCCAUAGAGCCACACCACAGCUUGCAGGGCCCGGCAGCGCUCCAGUGCCCGUGGACUAUGACCACCUAUCGGCCCCUUCCCAGUGAUGGCGUCGACCUGGCAGCCAGUUGUGGGGCCAGAGGCGCUGACGUCCUCCCUGGGCCGCACACAGGGGACUACACUCCCAUGGGAUUCUGGGCCCAAAAUGGCAGCAUGUCCCAGCCUCUCAGUGAGAACCCAGCCACCUCUACCACCCGCCCCAGCCCCACCACCCCUGCAAUGCCCAAGAUGGGCGUGCGCGCGCGAGUGGCUGACUGGCCACCCAAACGGGAGGCUCUGAGGGAACAGAGCAACCCGAGCCCCUCCCAGGACGCAGAUGGCAUGAAGGCCACCAAGGUGGCCCACUCCGUGAGGAGCGUACAGAACGGGCAGCCUCCCGCCAGCACUCCGACCUCCUCGGGGUCCAGAGCCUUCCACCGACUCUCCAGGAGAAGGUCCAAAGAUGUAGAAUUCCAGGAUGGGUGGCCUCGUUCACCGGGCAGGGCCUUCCUCCCGCUGCGAAACCGCAGCAGCAGCGAGAUCACCCUCAGCGAGUGUGACGUGGAGGAGGCAGGGGAGCCGCGGGGCAGCCGGCACACAGGCGCGUUGCCCCUCUUCCGGGAGUACGGCAGCACCUCCUCCAUCGACGUGCAGGGAGUGCCUGAGCAGAGCUUCUUUGACAUUCUCAAUGAGUUCCGCAACGAGCAGCCCGAAGCCCGUGGCUCCCAGACUCUGACCGAACUCCUGCGGGCAGAUCCCGGUGCACAUCUCAUGGGGAGCAGUGGUGGCACCAAGGGGGACCCCCGCAACGGGCAUCCCUGCAAGGACAAUCUGCUCCCCUUGCAUCCCAUGAAGGAGAAGGAGAAGUCCCGCAAGAAACCUGUAAGGGGCCUUGGCAGCGGAGACACAGUGGACUCAUCCAUCUUCCGCAAGCUGCGGAGCAGUAAGCCAGAGGGUGAGGCAGGCCGGUCGCCCGGGGAGGCCGAAGAAGGGCGGAGCCCCCCAGAAGUCAGUCGACCCUGGGUGUGCCAGAAGAGCUUCGCCCACUUUGACGUGCAGAGCAUGCUGUUCGACCUCAACGAGGCUGCGGCCAACAGGGUGGCCGUGGCACAGCGACGCAACACCACCACGGGGGCCUCGGCGGCGUCUGCGGCCUCAGCCAUGGCUUCUGUAACAGCGUCACGGACCCACAGCCUGGGCGGCCUGGACCCUGCCUUCACCAGCACGGAGGACCUCAACUGCAAGGAGAACCUGGAGCAGGACCUCGGGGAUGACAACAGCAACGACCUGCUGCUCAGCUGUCCGCACUUCCGCAACGAGAUCGGGGGCGAGUGUGAGCGCAACGUGAGCUUCUCGCGUGCCUCCGCGGGCUCUCCAGGCAGCACGGAGGGCACCCUGGCCGAGCCCAGCCUGAGCUGCUACCGCACCAACGCCAGCAUCUCGGUGCUAGAGGUCCCUAAGGAGCAGCAGAGAACGCAGAGUCGGCCCCGUCAGUACAGCAUUGAGCAUGUAGACCUGGGCGCCCGCUACUACCAAGACUACUUCGUGGGCAAAGAGCAUGCCAAUUACUUUGGCGUGGAUGAGAAGCUGGGGCCAGUGGCCGUGAGCAUCAAACGGGAGAAGCUGGAAGACCACAAAGAUCACGGGCCUCAGUACCAGUACAGGAUCAUCUUCCGGACCCGUGAGCUCAUCACCCUGCGGGGCUCCAUCCUGGAAGAUGCCACCCCCACAGCCACAAAGCAUGGGACGGGGCGGGGCCUACCCCUGAAGGACGCGCUGGAGUACGUGAUCCCUGAGCUCAACAUCCACUGCCUGCGGCUGGCUCUCAACACUCCCAAAGUGACGGAGCAGCUCCUGAAGCUGGACGAGCAGGGGCUCUGUCGGAAGCACAAGGUGGGCAUCCUCUACUGCAAGGCGGGCCAGAGCUCCGAGGAGGAGAUGUACAACAACGAGGAGGCAGGCCCGGCCUUCGAGGAAUUCCUUUCCCUCAUCGGCGAGAAAGUCUGCCUCAAGGGGUUCACCAAGUACGCCGCCCAGCUGGACGUCAAGACUGACUCCACGGGAACCCACUCCCUCUACACAACGUACCAGGACUAUGAGAUCAUGUUCCACGUCUCCACCCUGCUCCCCUACACCCCCAACAACAGGCAGCAGCUGCUGAGGAAGAGGCACAUAGGCAAUGACAUAGUGACGAUCAUCUUCCAGGAGCCCGGAGCACUACCCUUCACCCCCAAGAACAUCCGCUCGCACUUUCAGCACGUCUUCAUCAUUGUCCGCGUCCACAACCCCUGCACAGAGAAUGUGUGCUACAGUAUGGCUGUGACCCGAUCCAAAGAUGCUCCUCCCUUCGGUCCCCCGAUCCCCAAUGGAACCACAUUCCGCAAAUCUGACGUCUUCAGAGACUUCUUGCUGGCCAAGGUGAUUAAUGCUGAGAAUGCUGCUCACAAAUCCGACAAGUUCCACACCAUGGCCACCAGGACCCGCCAGGAAUACCUCAAGGACCUGGCUGAAAACUGUAUAUCCAACACACCCAUCGACUCCUCUGGUAAAUUCAACCUCAUCUCCCUGACCUCCAAGAAGAAGGAGAAGACAAAGGCACGGGUGGGUGCAGAGCAGCACAGCGCAGGGGCCAUCGCCUGGAGGGUGGCAGCUCAGGACUAUGCCCAAGGAGUGGAAAUUGACUGCAUUUUGGGAAUUUCCAACGAAUUUGUGGUGCUUCUGGACCUGCGCACCAAGGAGGUGGUGUUCAACUGCUACUGUGGGGAUGUCAUUGGCUGGACCCCAGACUCCUCGACACUGAAAAUCUUCUAUGGGCGAGGGGAUCACAUCUUCCUACAGUCCACAGAGGGUUCUGUUGAGGACAUACGGGAAAUUGUGCAGAGACUAAAGGUGAUGACCAACGGCUGGGAGACCGUGGACAUGACCUUGCGCCGGAAUGGGCUUGGGCAGCUGGGCUUCCACGUGAAGUACGAUGGGACCGUGGCUGAGGUGGAAGAUUAUGGGUUCGCCUGGCAGGCCGGUCUCCGGCAAGGGAGCAGGCUGGUGGAGAUCUGCAAGGUGGCCGUGGUCACGUUGACCCAUGACCAGAUGAUUGACCUGCUGCGUACAUCGGUCACCGUGAAGGUGGUCAUCAUCCCGCCCUUCGACGACGGCACACCGCGGAGGGGGUGGCCGGAGACCUACGACAUGAAUACCUCGGAGCCCAAGACCGAGCCAGAAAGCGUCCUUCCGGGGGGCCGGCCCCCCUACCGCAGCAACGCUCCCUGGCAGUGGAGCGGGCCGGCAUCCCACAACUCUCUGCCAACCUCCAAGUGGGCUACUCCAGCCACCCCUGGCCACGUCCAGUCCCUGAGCCGGCCCCCGAAGCAGGCCCCCAUGGUCCCCUUCCGGGAGCCGCAGCCACUGCACAGCAAGAGGCCUGUCAGCUUCCCAGAAACCCCUUACACAGCAUCACCAGCAGGGGCCGACAGAGUCCCUCCCUACCGACAGCCUUCUGGGAGCUUCUCCACCCCGGGUUCAACCACCUACAGAUACAAGCCAUCGCCAGAAAGGUACACAGCCGCCCCACACCAACUGCUGUCUUUUGAUCCCCACUUCGGCCACGAUGGAACAUCCAGUGGAGACUCCUCCUCAGGUGGGCUGACCAGUCAGGAGAGCACCAUGGAGCGCCAGAAGCCAGAGCCAUUGUGGCAUGUGCCGGCCCAAGCAAGGCUCUCAGCCAUGGUUGGAAGCAGCGGGAACAAACAUGCCUCCAGGCAGGAUGCAACAGGCAAAGAUUCCCCCAACAGGCAUUCCAAAGGAGAACCUCAGUACUCAAGUCAUUCCAGUAGCAAUACGCUCUCCAGCAACGCGUCCAGCAGCCACAGUGACGAGCGCUGGUUCGAUCCCCUGGACCCCCUGGAACCAGAGCAAGACCCCCUAUCAAAGGGUGGCUCCAGCGACAGCGGCAUCGACACCACCCUCUACACCUCCAGUCCCAGCUGCAUGUCCCUGGCCAAGGCACCCCGGGCCACCAAGCCACACAAGCCACCUGGAAGCAUGGGCCUGUGCGGUGGGGGACGCGAGGCCUCUGGAAGGUCCCAGCACACAGAGAGGCGGCGCGAGGUGUCACCUGCCCCUGCAGUUGCCAGCCAGAGCAAGGGCUACCGACCGAAGCUGUACUCCUCAGGCUCCAGCGCCCCAACUGGACUGGCAGGGGGCAGCCGGGACCCGCCAAGGCAGCCCAGUGACGUGGGCUCAAGGGCUGGCUACCCAGCUCAGGUUUACAAAACAGCCAGUGCAGAGACUCCUCGGCCCUCCCAGCUGACCCAGUCCAGCCCCUUCCAGCUCUCCACCUCGGUCCCCAAGUCCUUCUUCUCCAAGCAACAACCUGUGCGCAAUAAGCACCCAGCAGGAUGGAAGAGAAAUGACGAGCCCUCACCGCGGCCACUCCCCUUUGUUGACCCAAAGAAGCAGGUGGACACAAACACCAAAAAUGUCUUCGGGCAGCCACGCUUGAGGGCGUCCCUCCGAGACCUCCGGUCCCCACGCAAAAACUACAAGUCCACCAUUGAGGACGACCUAAAGAAGCUCAUCAUCAUGGACAACCUGGGGCCAGAGCAGGAGAGAGACGCGGGGCAGUCGCCCCAGAAGAGCCUGCAGCGGACACUGUCAGAUGAGAGCCUGUGCAGUGGACGCCGGGAGCCCAGCUUCGCCAACACUGGCAGCCUGGAGCCAGGGCUGCCCAGCGAUGUGCUCUUCACCAGCGCCUGCGCCUUCCCUGCCAGCACGCUGCCCGCCCGCCGCCAGCACCAGCACUCCCUCCCACCCGGCGGCGUCCCUAGUGGCCACAGUGCCAUCCCUGCUGCUGGCAACGGCUUCCCGGAGAAGAAAGCUACCAUCUCGGCCUCAGAGCUGUCACUGGCUGACGGGCGGGACCGACCCUUGCGGCGCCUUGACCCAGGAAUGAUGCCACUGCCUGAUACGGCCGCUGGCCUCGAGUGGUCCAGCCUGGUCAAUGCGGCCAAGGCAUACGAAGUGCAAAGAGCCGUCUCACUCUUCUCUCUAAAUGACCCAGCCCUGAGCCCGGACAUCCAACCUGCACAUAGUCCAGUGCACAGUCACCUGAGUCUGGACAGGGGGCCCCAGACCCCCAGGACCACCCCUACCAUGAGCGAGGAGCCACCCCUGGAUCUGACAGGCAAGGUGUACCAGUUGGAGGUGAUGUUGAAGCAGCUGCACACAGAUCUCCAGAAGGAGAAGCAGGACAAGGUGGUGCUGCAGUCAGAGGUGGCCAGCCUGCGCCAGAACAACCAGCGCUUGCAGGAGGAGUCCCAGGCAGCCAGUGAGCAGCUGCGCAAGUUCGCGGAGAUCUUCUGCAGGGAGAAAAAGGACCUGUGAGCAAGAAGGAACACCCUGCCCGCCACCCUCCUCCGGGCCCCUGACGCCUUGCCUGCAGGAGCUACUGCCUCCUGUUCUCCUCUCACUCAUCCUUGGCGCCCAGCUGCUGCAGCUGUGACCAAGAUGAUCCAUCCAGGGCCCAGAGCUUCCACAGACCUCCCAAUGAACUUGGAAACCCCAGGCUGGCCACAGGCCCCAAGGGAGGCCUCCCCACGGCCGCAAGCCCAAGAGUGACAUAGUCUGGGCCUUCCUCGGAGCCACCCAUCUGAGGCCCUGAGGGCAGGACCAUGCCCACGCUGCCCCCAGUGGCCUACCCUGCCAUGCUCCUCAGCCUCCUCCUAGGACCCAGUCAAUGGAAAGCGGAAGCCGGUCUCCAGAACCCACACAUUGCUCACGGCCAGGCCUCUUGACCACGUACCACGAAGUGUGGGCUUGCAUGAAGAACACCGCAUAGAAGCAGCCCAGGGAGGUGAGGGCCUUGGGGGAGCUGGGCCAGUACUCUGCUCUGCAGCAUGCCAGCUCAGCUCCAAAGAGCAUGGACAGACUCCCUCUGCAGGCCUCUCCUUCUUCCCGCCAAGCAGCCAGGAGCACUUUCUUAGAAUUUAAAUUAUUUUCUUGAGGGCCCCACAAUGGAAAGGAAACCCCAGCAUCCAGAGGCAGCCUCUCUGAGCGAGAAGCUGUGUACAAAGCAGACACUUUAUAUGAUCCUUUUCUAUUAGCCCUUCUCCCACCGCCAGAGGCCACAGUGCCAGGGUCCCUGCCAGCCGGCUCUCUCGUCCUCCUCCCCACCACACCCAGCCCUGACUGGCAGCCACAGGGACUCCUGGAAGGCCUACUGACACCCUAACAACAGAGCCUUCAUCUGUCAUCGGAUUUUGUUUUCUUUGCAAGUGUCCCAGCCCAUCUCGAAGCCCCGCCCCCAUUGGCAGCCGUGCCAGACACCCUCACUGUGCUCCCCAGGGAGAACACCUCCCCCCAACUCCAGACAGGCAGUAAGGGGCAACGCACCAGGCCCCGGAGCCGUGCGCAUGACGCCGUUCACCUAGAACUGAGGGUCGCUUUCUCUCCUCCUUGAAGAGCAAACAAGAAGAUAUAUAUAUAUAUAUUUAUUUUUUCAUGUAGAGUUGCGCCAGAACAAGUCUAUAUGGCCACAAUCUGUGUAUUUCCCAAACCUCAAGCUGAGGCUCACGGUGUGUCCCCCAUGGGCUGGGGUCCAUGGCAGGAUUCCAGGAGGACAGUCCGAGUUGGUGGACAGGUGGCUUCCCUUUGGGGAAGGCACCAGGUGGAGUGGAGCCGGCAGCUCGGGGUUGGUUCACAGCAACAUGUCAGCGCUCCAGCCCCCCUGGCCAGACCACACUGCCUGCCUUCUCUCCAGGGCCAGGCACCUCAGGGAGGGGGCCCUGGGGGCCGCACCAGACCAGACACAGGCCCUCGGGGAGGUGCCCAGCCAGAGGGCUGGGGGGCCAGAGAAGAGGGCACUCAGUGUCUCCCUGUGGCCUGCCUGUGGCCUCCCAGCACCCUCAGUUUUGCGAAGGGAACCUCAGCACCAUGGUCUCCCCUGCCCCGCAGCCAUGGCGAGAGAUGGGCACUGCCCAGGCCACGCCUGUCCAGCAGCCGCCCUCACCCCUGGCCAACUACUGUGAUGUCUCUUCCUCUGCCCGCUCCCACUCAGGGCUCCCGCCCCGCCCUCCUGGGACUCUAACCUGGAGCCUUUCAUAAGUUGUCUCCUCACAUCUUCAGAGCAUUCUAAUCAUUUGGGGACCUAAUCAUGUACAUUGAGAAGUGUAAAUUAUGAUUUCUGGUUUUGUUUUAUUUUUAAAGAAAAUGUGCAAAACCAAUCUAUUUAACUUGAGGUUGUUUUAUCUGAUGGCUGAAGAUAGCAGCAGAUUUUUUUCAUAUGUUGAUUGAUUUUAUUUGGAUUUUUUUUUUAUUCUUUGUCUUCUCCCCCUACCCCACACCACCCCACCCCUCAAUCCUGUCUUGAG